UAUGCAAAUGUUGAACGCACGGCCAAAUCCGAAUCCAAUACCAGGAUGCUCACAGUUUUAUGGCUCGUCAGAAAAGUAUUGGGCUUGUUACGCACGCUAUUUCACAUCGACCAUUUAUCAUCCAGUUGGUACUUGCAAGAUGGGUCCUGUCAAUGAUCAUUAUGCCGUCGUUGAUGCUAGAUUAAGAGUCCACGGAAUUACGGGAUUGCGAGUGAUCGAUGCGUCGAUCAUGCCGCGCAUAGUAUCAGGGAAUACUAAUGCGCCGACAAUUAUGAUAGCACAAAAGGGUGCCGACAUGAUAAAAGAAGACUGGUUAUAAUUCGAUAAAUGUUCAAGAUUACAUUUCACGAGACUGAUGCAGAAUAGAGAGUGUAUUGUUUCUUCUCAUAUUCCCCAAUAUAAGUAUCUUUAUCGGUGUAUUUCUAAUUAUAUUUGAGUUGAUUUAAGAAAAAACUGUAACGCUACAUUUCAAAUGUGUGUUAUAUUUCUCAAAUGUAAUAACGACAAUCGUAAUAAUACAAUGAUCAAUAUUUACCUAGAAACAUGAUGAAACAUAUGUAUAUGUUUGUACAAAGCAUUUAUUUCUAAUG